AUGGAACAGUGUGGUGUAUUAUUUUAUACAGCCGGCCCUCAGACAGGAGUGGUCCUGGAUAUUUUCUCCACGGACCGCAAUGUGCGUUCGAAAUGUCGAUGUUCAAAUGUGUCCUGCAGUUCACACUAUGACGCGCAGUUAACUGCGUUCUUCAUCGACCCGCGAGCCAAGAACUCAGACCGCGAGUCCCACUCCUGGGGUCGCUCCAGAUUCUCCAACGGCAGAAACCUGAACGCUGAGUUCAUACGCUCACAGAGAGAUUGUAAGAGACGCACCCACCAUCACACGGCCUAG